ACCCCAACCACCGAGAUGGAAGUAGCCAACCAUAACGAUUCGGUGGAAAGGGAAAAGAAGAAUUUAAGAAAAAUGGAACUCUCAAACACUUUUGGGGUCGAUGAUAGCCUAAACUUGGAGGAAGUAGCCAACCAUAACGAUUCGGUGGAAAGGGAAAAGAAGAAUUUAAGGAAAAUGGAAUUCUCAAACACUUUUGGGGUCAAUGAUAACCUAAACUUGGAGGUGCUUGAUUUGACUGACUCCAGUGUAUCGAAAAAUACUGACUCACCUUCAGUCAACAAGAAUCAAAUACGAGGUUUGAAAGAUGAAAAUGGGAGGCUCAGUCAAUUGCUGAGGGAAAAAGAAUUUGAAAUACGACAACUUCAGAAAGGACUUUCAACACAGAGUGACAGCAUAAAAUUGCCAGAAUUUACAAACGAUACUGCAGCUAUGAAAAUUGUUGAACUCUCCAAAAAACUGCGCAAGGCAGUGUCAGAUCUGGAGGUUGAGAAAACAAAAUCAAGAUGUUUGGCAAAAAAGUAUGAAGUACUGAAGCAGGAGGGAAAAGAUAUUACACAAGAACCCAAAGAUAUAACUGAUCUUGAAGAAGAAAUCAAACAGUUGCAAGGGAAACUAAAACAAACGGAGAGCAAGAUGAAUGAAUGGAGAAACCAGAGUCAAGUUUUCAAGCAGGAACUGAAGUUGGCUAACAAAGUCAUUAGUCAAGAGGUCGGAGAAAGUGCAAAUAUCCAUGCUUUGCUUUCCGAAAGUUCUUCAUGGAAAGGACGAGCACAGCAAAAUCUCACUCUACAGCAAAAGGUUUCUGAGUUGAAGCAACAGCUGAAACAAUAUCAAAAUAAAGCAACAAGCAAAAAUAAUCCUGACGGUGAGAGCAAUGUCGGUGAAGCCAGUAUUUCUGAACAAAACAGCAGUAACCAGGCACUGAGGCAAUUAAUCAAAAGCAGAAAAGAGAAUCAGGAAAAAAUGGAAAUAGAAUUAAAAAAUGCCCAAGAAAACUAUGCUAAUAUAAAAACAAAAUGUGAUUGUUUAAAAGCCAGAAAUCAAAUUUUGUCUAAUGAAACGAAAGUAAAUAAGCAGCAGAUCCAAGUUCUGUUAGAGAAAGGAAAACGAGAUGAAGAACUCAUUGAGACAUUAAUGAAUCAGCACGGUCGCAUGAAAGAGAUGAUUGAAAAUAACAUUCGUAUCUCAAAGCCAGAAUCGUUACAUCAGCAGAUGGGUGAGAUGGUUGUGAAAAAACAGAACAACGAUAAUCUUGUGAACCAGUUAAAGAUGAUUAUAGAGGAAAAAGACAAAAAGUUGAAACUCCUUGAAGACCAAAUGAACCAGUCGUUAUUUCAAGAAUGUCCCAGUUGUAAUUUAACCUUUGAGAAUGCCACUUGUGGUUCUGCGAUAAUAAAUACUGGGGAAAACUGUAAUGAAGAGUUCUCUCAAAUGUCAGAGGCAACACCAAUACAAAGUGAUAUUAACAACCAAGAUUUUUAACAAAUAUUACACACACACACACACACACACACACACACACACACACGCACACACACAC